UUCAACUCCCUAGUGAGAAGACAUAUUUAUUGAGUAUCCUUGUUGUGUUCUGUUGGGAUGUUGUAUUUUCUAAAAGUUAAAACAAAACUUUGCAGGAGCUUAAAAAACGACAAAGAGGUUUAAAUACAUAAGCAGAAAAGAAGGAGAGAUACUGAAGACGUAUGUUUUAUAGGUCAGAUGGAAAAACAAACAACACCGGAGCACCCGCCAACUGCCCAUUUGGGUGGCAAUUGGUUUGUUGUCGUGGGGUUUUUUGUCAAUUAAGAAAUUUUUUUCACGCCCUCAUUUACACAAUUUAGUUCAUUUUGAAAGCGGGUUGAGAGGAAUACAACAUCCCAGCAGAAAGACUUAGAUACUCGAUAAUUUUAUCCCCUUUCGGAAAUCGAACUGGAUAAUGAUGAUACUGGUUUGGAUGAUGAAGACGACCACAAUGACAAACCUUCCUUACCUCACCCACCACCAACUCAUCUACCUACCACCGUCAAAAUGGAAGCCUUCAUGGGUGUGUGGAGGUUCAACUCCUCAACAAUCAGUGGGGACGCCGACCCCAUGCUCAACGCAGUCAUCCUCCCCGGAGUGACCCCGGAAGACCUCCAGCAGGGCGGGGAGAUAGAGAUGACGGCCGAGGGCAAGACACUGACCAUCAUCACACGCCCGCCAGGCCGCGUGGAGAUCGUGGAUGUCCUGGUUCUGGGGGAGAAGGAUGUCAGGGACGGGCCUGGAGGGGUCAAGGUCGAGACUGUGGGCAACUGGGAGACUGACCGCUUCGUGUCCACCAGCCACAUCGGUGACGUCACUGUGCGCACCGUUAGGUACCUCCGGAACGGAGACAUGAUCAAUGAAACCUCCAGUGGUGGCAAGACAGUGACUGCUAGACUCAUCCGUUAACGCCCCACAAAGGGAACAGAGUUCGAAUCCCCGCCUCUGGAACGUCGUUAACGGAAUCCAUUCAUUUCCCUCUCUCUGUGUCCUGUGUCAUUAUCUUAUUCUUAAAAAUAAAAUUCUGUUCAGAAAAUUACCUUUUAACUAUUCCCAUUAUCCGACAUUUAAGAAUGUGUAAUUCUGUUUAGGUGAACACUUGGAGUGAAAGAACGAAAGAAGAGUGGAGGUAUAAAAUCAUAGCAUUGGCCGUGGUGUGGAAAGGAGGAAAGAAGGUUUUUACUUGUUUACAGGAAUGUUAAAUAAAUGUGUGAUCAAUCACAAGAUGCCAUCGAUCUCUUGAAUCAAUAUUGUCGAUUUCCUCGUUAUGGUUACCUUGAUUAUAAGUGUGAUUAUUAUGUGUGUCUGUAUGUACUUGUGUAUGUGUGUGUGUGUGUGUG